UUGCCCCUUUAAGACCACAGCGCGGAUCUGAACGGUCGCGAGCGCAUCACGGAGCAAGACAACACACACAGGCAGGCACGCGCGCGCGCGCACGGACGCUCGCGGAUCCAGAAGCCGGAUACAGACAGAGAUUGCGUCAUCAUGCCUGUGGCCGCCACUCACACGGAGCCUGCUCUAUCGCAGGCGGAUGCUCUGAGUGACAGCACCAGCUCCGCCACUGCCAAUGACCUCGACCUCAUCUUCCUCAAAGGCAUCAUGGAAAGUCCAGUGAACGCUGAGAGUCCAGAGGAACCUCGUCUCGAGGCUGUGGGGGACAGAAACAUGGAGCUGCUGCAGGACAUCCUGAGGGACCUGAGUCCGAUCACACAUCGCAGUAACACAGCUGCUGAGCUCUCAAACAUCCUCAACCAACCACAUUUCCAGUCUCUCCUGGAGACCCACGACUCGGUGGCCUCUAAGACGCGUGAAACUCCUCCGCCGAGCCCACAGGCCUCCGUGGAAUCGAACCUGCCGCCGGUCCCCGCUGACGCCGUGCGCAUGGUGGGCAUCCGCAAAGUGGCCGGGGAACACUUGGGCGUGACAUUUCGAAUUGAGAACGGAGAGCUGGUGAUCGCGCGGAUCCUUCACGGCGGGAUGAUCGAUCAGCAGGGUCUCCUCCACGUAGGGGACAUCAUAAAGGAAGUGAACGGUAAGGACGUAGGGGACGACCCACGCGUUCUCCAGGAGAUGCUGCAGGAGGCCAGCGGCAGCAUCGUGCUCAAAGUCCUCCCCAGCUACCAGGAGCCCCAGCCCCCCAGACAGGUCUUUGUGAAGUGCCAUUUUGAUUACGACCCGGCCAGUGACAACCUGAUUCCCUGUAAGGAAGCCGGACUGCAGUUCAGCAGUGGAGACGUUCUGCAGAUCGUCAACCAGGAGGAUGUCAACUGGUGGCAGGCUCGACGGGUCCAGGGAGGAAGCGCCGGGCUCAUCCCCAGUCAGCUGCUGGAGGAAAAGAGGAAAGCUUUUGUAAAGAGAGAUGUGGAGCUCCCACCAGCAGGCACACUGUGUAGCGGGAUUGGCGGCAAGAAGAAGAAGAAAAUGAUGUAUCUGACCACUAAAAAUGCAGAUUUCGACAUGCAUGAGCUGAUGAUCUAUGAGGAAGUGGCCCGGGUUCCUCCGUUCAAGAGGAAAACGCUGGUUCUGAUCGGAGCUCAGGGAGUCGGGCGGCGCAGUCUAAAGAACAAGCUUCUGGUUUCUGACCCUCAGCUGUUUGGAACUACAAUUCCCUACACUUCCAGGAAGCCUAAAGCAGGCGAGAAGGAGAACAGGAUGUAUGCCUUCACGACCAGAAGCAAAAUGGAGGCUGACAUCAAAGCAGGCCGUUACCUGGAGCACGGCGAAUACGACGGAAACCUAUACGGCACCAAGAUCGACUCCAUCCACGAAGUAGCCGAGGCAGGACGUCUCUGCAUCCUGGACGUCCACCCACAGGUUCUGAAGAUCUUGAGGACAUCAGAGUUCCUGCCUUACGUAGUUUUCAUCGAUGCUCCAGAGUUUGAGGUGCUCAGAUCUAUGAACAGAGCAGGCAUCGAGGCAGGAGUGGUCAGCAAAGAGCUAACGGAUCCCGAGCUGAACAGGAUACUGGAUGAGAGCUGGAGGAUUAAGAGGGCGUACGGACACUACUUUGACCUGACCAUCGUAAACGACGGCCUGGACGGAGCGUACAGCAGACUGAAGGCCGCCUUAAAGAAGCUGAGUGGAGUUCAACAGUGGGUUCCAGUUAGCUGGGUGUUUUAGAAAACUGCCCUCAUUCACAAACUUCAUCCCUUAUUUCAUUUAGUGACUUUACAUGGAAGUUAGUUUAUUUAUUUAUUUAUUUAUUUAUUGGUGGUAAACCUGAGUGAGAGUGUGUUUUGUAGCUUCUACCUGCCCUUCUCAUACGGUGCUGUACGCAGUUACAGCGAAACAGUUUCUGAGUGGCAAACGUUUCUGCUAAAAAAAUAAAAUAAAAUAAAAAAAAUAGGCUGUGUCUCAAAUCACACAUCAUUUGAGUGUUAAUAACUACAAAUAGAUAGAGCCUGAUGAACAGCUAGUAUCACUAGAAGCAUCACUGCUGUUUACAUCACAUGUAUUUUUAACAAGAAGUGAAAUUUAACUCCACUUAGGACAAGUCUGCACUAAUCACCAAUACUGUAGAUUACAAUAGCAUUAAUAAGCAUUAUUUUAAGCGUUAGGUGAUAGUAUGUGAUUUGAGACACAGCAGUAAAAAGUAUUUAAUAACACACACACACACACACGAUGACAGCUAAAGGACAAAGGGACUAUAACAAAUGUCCAAAACUCUUGCACUAAUACAUCAGGGAGAAAAACAUGCAGUCCGCUACCAAGAACUGCUUUACAGUUUUUACUUCUUUAAUGUGCACUAAUUCAAGUUCAUAGAACUUUUUAUUAACUAAAAGCAGUAGGAUGAUAAAGCAUAGGAAAGCUGUACUGAUUGGGUGAAUGUAUAGCAAGUCUGAAAUAUACAAAUCCAAAUGCAGAAAAAAAGCAAAGAUUCAAAAGUUUCAUUGUGGAAAAUUCCAAAACCUCUCAGAGAGAAUAAGCAAAGGUUUAAAAAAAAUGCAGGAUAAAAUACAAAAUCAGACUUUAAUAGCUGUGAGUAUGAGUAGCCUGUAACUAUGAGCCUAUAUAGACAAUUAACAUGCAACAGAAAAAAAAUAGUGUGAUGUCCCUAAUGACGCCCUACUCCUCACUCCCUACAAUCAGCAGUGUGCACUUACUAAAGGUCUGCGUGUGGAAACGUUUAAACCUGAUAACACCAGCAAAAAAACAUGUACACUAAUUUAUUAACAGGGACUGUGAAGGACUGUGACUUUCACACGACUCACAUGACUUCAUGUGACGUGAGCGAAACAGUAUGUCUUGUCCAGCUUUGUUUGUUUGCUUUAAUGUAUAUGCAGUUUGAGGCAUUUCAACCAAAAAGUGGAAAUCCGGGUGGAGUCAGUGCAAAUGGAUUCACGUCUCAUCUGCAGUGCGAUUUAUUAUACCUGGCUGGAAGACAUUUCCGAUAAUGGCAAUUCCACAGCCAAAUUAAAACACAUAAAGAGCAUGUAUUAAAUUUGUAGAAGCCCGUUUCCACAAGAUUGAGACAAAAAUGAAAGAUCUGAACAACCUAUGGCUAUAAUAAACAAACAGCACAUCCAGCUCCACCUCCAACACGCCCAGUUUUUGUGCAGUUCAGUGCAUGUGUCUGGGUAAAUCAGUUUUGGUGAUAUAAGAAGAAUACAACACUUCAAGAUGUGGGUCCAUGCUGUUGAUUGUUUUCCUAGAACAGCACAGCCCCAAGUGUUUUAUUCUUUACUUAAUAUUGCUCACUAUCACAGCAAAACAGAAAACAAGCAUGACUACACAACAAUUCUCUAUCUCUAUCUCUCUCUCUCUCUCUCUCUCACACACACACACACACACACACACACACACACACACACACACACACACACACACACACAGCAAUGACCUUUGCAGCCACUGCACUAUUUGGGCACUGCUUUAAAAAAAGUCACAGCACAAAAUGCAAACACUGGCACAGCAACCAUGAGCAAACAACAGCAAAGCCAGUCAUAUUACUCACUCAUUUCAGCAAAAAGGUCAUCCAAGAUGGUGUUUAAUUCCAAACUCUGCCUCUGAAGAGCCUAAUGAAGAGUUUAACCAAUCCAUUUCAUACUUCCUGAAACAUCCUGCUCCUCAGAUACACCUACUUCCAGUCAUGAAGAUCAACUUUGCGCUGCUGAACUUUUAGAAACUAAACACUUCAAGCAAAGCCAAGCAAUGUAAUUGGAGGGCCAAUUAGCAACUUCCAGAUCACGUGAUCCAAUUAAACACUUCCUAUUGGAUCUCUGUAAAAAUGAGGAAACGUGACUGAUUAGCCUACAUUUCAAAUUCCAAAACUGUUUUGUAUAACUAGUGUUAUAUCUCAUGAGGAAGAAGUUUCAGGUGAAUAUGAAGCUAAUGCUAUUAAAUUUAGGUUUAAUAGAUUAACAUUUAUUUGGCUAUCAUGGUCUACUACAAAGCGCUAACACAGUGAGGAGUAAUCAGCUAGCCACGCAGUGACGUCAGCGCCCGGGCUCACCUGAGUCACGCGCCCAGGUACGCCUCAGGACUUCCCCUCUGAGCACGUCACUGAUUUGCCUGUCAUAUAAAAUAUUUUUUUUAAAAAGUGAACAUAAUAUCCAGGACCAAAUAAUAAGGACCAAAUGUUUUAAAAUAAAAGCAGUUCUUGGUAGUGGACUCACACUUUUAAAGACACUACUGUAGUUUCCCUUACAGAAAAAUCCCAUACAUUUCACACGUGAUAAUGUAUUUCACCUGGCCAUGCACGUGAACGGAAAUAAACACGUGAGCUCACUGGUGGAUUUGUGUGAGAAAAAUCACACCAUUAUUCCUGUAAAAAAAUAAUAAAAACACUACAUGUGAGUGUUGUGGGAAACAUGACACGUGAAGGGUCCUAAAAACCACAUACCCACACACCCACACAUACACACACACACACACACUAUAAUCUUGUGAUUAUUCACACGUGAAGUUGUGACUUUUCUGUAAGGGUCAGUAUUGAGGUAAAACCAGAUUCAAUCCUCACAUCACUGUUUUUAUAAUAAAAUUAUAUAAACCUGUAAUAUUGACCAAGGCAAUAGUUAAUAGUCUGGUGUUUUUCUACCAAAUUCUAUUUUAUUAUAUUUCGUGUGUGCUUUCUUAAACUUUACUCGUCAUGCACGUCCACGUUGUAGUACUGUAGGAUUUUAUUUUAUUUUUCACACCAUGGAGGCUUGUAUUUAAAUCCCACAUUAUAUCUUUAUUGUUUCAUUGCAGAAUAAGUAUACAUACAGUAGCAGCUCAGUUGCCCAGAAACCUGCAGUAUGUCAGAUUAGUGACAGUGUUGUCGCUUAUUUCGUGCUGAUUGUGAACAAAUAGAUAAGUAAUGGAGAAUCCAAAGUAAGCAUGUCAUCUGUGAAGUGUUUCCUCACUGCAUGUGUUUAUGUGGUAUUAAAUCAUCCACUGCUUUGCAUAAAAAAACAACAAAACAGAUGUGUUGUUAUCUGCUCUAUGAUGAUCUCCAUACUGAAAAUCGACUCAUAUUCAUUCAUGCAAGUUGUAAGCAUUGAUACUGGCAGCUAUUGUGUAUGAAGGGUGUGAAUAUACUAAUGAGGAAUUUAAAUAAAGCUCACUGUGUUUGUUCUUUGAUAUUUUCUACAUGAUGUAGCUACACUGAAUGUCUAGGCUACAAGGGUUUACAUUUGUCCUGUUCUGCUUGUGAUACGUUUUUCUGAAAUAAAUGUCUGAAACAAA